GGGGGUCGUGGUAAGGAGUGUGGAGUGGGAGGUCCCUGUCAUGGCUGUGGCCCAGGGUGUCCCUCAUCGUCACAGGGAGGGCCCAUGGGGUGUCCCAUGUCACAGGUAUGGUCCUCAGCAGAGGCCCCCCACCAGUGAGGACAGGGCCUUAUGAAGGUCUCUGCUGUGGUGAGCAGCACCUCCAAAUCCGCGGGGUACCCCACCAUGUGCUCACCCCACAGUUCCUCCUGGGGGAGGGUGAUGUAGGCCAGAAUCGUGCCGAGGCAUCCCAGCGGGCCCUGGCCGAGCUGAACCCUGGCGUGGUGGUGACAGCUCACAGCGGGGAGCUGUCGGAGGCCUUCCUCGCCUCCUUCCAGGUGGUGGUGCUGACCGAGGCCCCGCUGGAGGAGCAGCUCCGUAUUGGGGACUUCUGCCAUGCCCGGGGCAUCUGCUUCAUUGUGGCCGACGCCAAGGGGCUGGCGGGGCAGCUGUUCUGCGACUUUGGGGAGCGCUUCGUUGUUGAUGACCCAGCAGAAGGGGACCCGGUGUGUGCUGCCGUACAGCACAUCUCCCAGGGCAACCCAGGUGUGGUGACAUACACUAGGACAGAGGACAGCCACGGCCACCUCUUCUGCGAUGGUGACCUGGUGACGUUUUCUGGCGUGGAGGGGAUGGUGGAGCUGAACAGCCAGGAGCCUGUCCCCGUGCGCGUGCUGGAUGCCUCAAGGCUGGAGAUUGGUGACACCAGCUCCUUCUCGCCCUACCUCCGUGGGGGCCUGGUUUCGCAGGUUCGGCUGCCCCAGGUGCACUCCUAUGAGCCUCUGCGCCGGGCGCUGGCAAAGCCCAAGAUCCGUGUGGCAACUCCCAAGGAGCUGCCACGCAGCCGCAGCCUGCACGCUGCCUUCCAGGCCCUGCACGCUUUCUGUGGGGAGCAGGGCCGCCUGCCCCGGCCCAGGGCACAGGUGGACACCGAGCGUGUGCUGGAACUGGCGCGGAGCCUGGGGGUGCAGCAGGAUCCCCUGGAUGAGGACGUGGUGCGAGCCUUCGCCAGUGUGAGCGCUGGGGACCUGUGCCCCGUGGCUGCCGUUGUCGGGGCUCUGGCAGCCCAGGAGGUGCUGAAGGCCAUCACCAGGAAGUUCCUGCCCCUGGACCAGUGGUUGUACUUCGACGCCCUGGAGUGCCUGGCCGUGGAGGGGGCUGCACGGCUGACGGAGGAGGACUGUGCCCCAAGGGGCUCUCGCUACGAUGGCCAGAUCGCCGUCUUCGGGGCCACUUUCCAGGAGCAGCUGGGCUGCCAGAAGUACUUGGUGGUGGGAGCCGGUGCCAUCGGCUGCGAGCUGCUGAAAAACUUUGCCAUGAUGGGGCUGGCAGCGGGGCCAGGUGGGGACCUCACCAUCACCGACAUGGACACUGUUGCCCUCUCCAACCUCCAUCGGCAGUUCCUUUACCGCUCGGCAGAUAUAUCGAAGCCAAAGUCAGUGGUGGCUGCGACAGCUGUGCAGCGCAUGAACCCUGAUGUCAGGGUGACGGCUCACCAGUACGAGGUGGGACCUGCCACUGAGCCGCUCUACGGGGACAGCUUCUUCCGGUGCCUGGAUGGCGUUGCCAGUGCCCUGGACACGCUGGAGGCCCGCGCCUACUUGGAGAGCCGCUGCCACCGCUGCCUCACGCCGCUGCUGGACUCGGGCACAGAGGGGCCACGGGGGAACGUGCUGGCCAUGGUGCCCCCUGUGACUAAGCCACUGGUGCCGGCUGGCACCCCCGAGGACGGCACCUUCCCCCUCUGCACCCUGCGGUACUUCCCCACCACCAUCCAGCACACGCUGCAGUGGGCCCGCGAUGAGUUUGAGGGACUCUUCCAGCUGCCUGCAGAACACAUCAACCGAUUCAUGGAAGACCCGGCUUUUCUGGAGCAGCUGCCAGCCAAGAAGGCCCUGGAGGUCCUGGAGCAAGUACGGGGCAGCCUGUGGGAGUGGCCACAGGACUGGCAGGACUGUGUGCGCUGGGCCCGCCGGCACUGGCAGAGCUGCUACCACAAUGCCAUCGCCCAGCUGCUGCACACCUUACCCCCAGACCACGAAGCCAGCCCGGGUGUCCCCUUCUGGACAGGGAACAGGAGCUGUCCCCAUCCGCUGACGUUCAACCCCAACAAUGACACCCACCUGGAGUACAUCCUGGCUGCCGCCCACCUCUUUGCCCAAGCACACAAGGUGCCACCGUGCAGUGACCGGGUGGCCGCCCAGACCAUCCUCCACAGCAUGGUCCUGCCGCCCUUUGAGCCCCAGGAGGGGCUCCAGAUCCCCCUCACGGAUGAGCAGGAGGAGGCACAGGCACCUGUGGACCACAGGCGGCUGGCAGACCUCACCCAGGACCUGGUGCAGCGGCGACAGGAGCUGGUUGGGAGUGAGGAGGUGCAGGUGCCCCUGAUGGAGCCCAUCCACUUUGAGAAGGACAACAACAUCCACAUGGACUUCAUCACGGCGGCAUCCAACCUGCGCGCAGAGAACUACAGCAUCCCCCCUGCCGACUGGCUGACGAGCAAGCGGAUCGCAGGGCGGAUCAUGCCCGCCAUCAUCACCACCACAGCAGCUGUGGCUGGGCUGGCGUGCCUGGAGGUCUACAAGCUGGUGUGGGGGUGCCAGGACAUCAGCUGCUACCGCAACAGCAACCUCUGCCUGUCUGACUGCCUGCUGCUCCGCAUCCAGCCCCUGCCACCCCACACCUACUGGGACCCCCGCCCCGCAGGCACCGGGGGUCCCGGCGUCGGGAAGCCUUGGCGGGAGGGAGGGCAGCCCAGUGCCAGGGUCCCGGCGGAGGCCCCCGCCGCCACCGGGCUGCCAGAAGAAGUUCAAGUGCUGGAGGAGGGACAGGUGACCCCGGCCACCCAGGCCACGCUCCGCCACCGCCUAUUAAUUGGGCGCUAA